AUGGAUGCAUUGGUUACGGAGGUUAACUCGCUGAGGCAGCAGUACCGUGAGGUAUCAACCGCCCAUUCACAGCUACUUACGCAACAUAACGAGUGUAAUGGAGUGUUGAAGGAGCUACAAAUAUUGGAGCCGGACGCUAAAAUAUACAAAAGUACAGGACCUGUGCUUACUACACAGACCAAAGAUGAUGCAAUCAGUACCAUUUCAAAACGCCUUGAGUACAUCAACGGCGCAAUGUUAGUUUGA